AGAUUUUUGACCCUCCGGAGGAGCUGGAGCGGAAGGUGCAGGAGCUGGCAGAGCUGAUCCGCAGCUCCUCCCAUGUGGUGUUCCACACGGGGGCAGGGAUCAGCACAGCCUCGGGCAUCCCUGACUUCAGCUGUUGCCACAGAAUCUCCACAUUGUUUGCACCAGCCCUCAGAAUCCUGCUGAUCCAUGAGCUCUGCUCCUCCCAAGGAUGGGGCACCGGAGCCUGAGCUCUCCCUCGCUGCUCUUCCCAGGGGCCCCAAUGGUGUGUGGACUAUGGAAGAGAAAGGGCUCUCCCCAAAAUUCGACACCACCUUCGAGAAUGCCAGGCCCUCCAAGACUCACAUGGCGCUGCUGGGGCUGCAGAGGGUGGGCAUCCUGAAAUUCCUGGUCAGCCAGAACGUGGACGGCCUGCACGUGCGCUCGGGAUUCCCACGGGACAAGUUGGCCGAGCUCCACGGGAACAUGUUUGUGGAGGAGUGUGUGAAAUGUGGGAAGCAGUACGUGCGCGACGCCGUCGUGGGCAGCAUGGGGCUCAAGCCCACGGGACGCCUCUGCAGCGUCACCAAGGCCCGGGGGCUGCGGGCCUGCAGAGGGAAGUUACGAGACACUAUUCUGGAUUGGGAAGAUUCCCUGCCUGACCGUGACCUGACGCUGGCAGAUGAAGCCUGCAGGAAAGCCGAUCUCUCUGUCACCCUGGGGACCUCUCUGCAGAUCAAACCCAGCGGGAACCUCCCGUUGAUCACCAAGAAGAGAGGAGGGAAGUUGGUCAUUGUCAACCUCCAGGCAACCAAACACGACCGCCAGGCCGACCUGCGCAUCCACGGCUACGUGGAUGAGGUGAUGAUGAAGCUGAUGAAGCACCUGGGGCUGGAGGUGCCCGAGUGGACGGGGCCGGUGGUGGUGGAGAGCGCCGAGCUGGCCGAGGGCGAGCAGGAGCAGCUGCAGGGGCGGCUCAAGGAGGAGCCCCUGGGGCAGCACAACGGCAGCGCAGCGGCCCCGGAGCGCCUCAAGCAGGAGUGCCCCAGCCCCGACACGGGGCCAACGCCCGUGAAGAAGAUGAAGGUGGAGCCUCUCCUCACCUGACCUGGACUGUCCCUGUCUCACCUGGGCUGCUUUUCCUACUACCGACUUUUUUUUAUACCCUUAAAUAUUGUCCCUUUUUUUAUGUCAGUAUUAAACAUACUUGAAUUGUG